AUGAAUACCAUACCGUUAGUGUGGGCUCCUGGGAAUCGUGGCCGUGGAGUGGUCGUGGCCAGCAUUGACUCGGGGGUUCGCGGCACCCACGAAGCCGUCAAGAACAAUUGGCGCAGUGACUUUGGCUGGUUCAAACCCACUGGCAAAUUCCCCAACCCCAUGGAUUUCAGCUCCCGCAUCAUGGGGCAAUGCUGGUUGAAGUACACCCAAGGCACCAAGUCGACUGUGUUUGGCGUCAAGUCUGCGAUGGUGUUCAAGAUGUGCAUUCAAGAACGGAAUGUCGACUAUUCUGGCGGGGAUGUGGCCAACACUCAGGGUGAAUCGACCGACUUUUGUUGCGAAAGACUGCCAAGUGACGCAAAGCUGCAAGCUUUACACGUGGACAUCUUACAACGGCGGCACGUGCUGGUUGAAGCCGACUAG